AUGAGGACGCUAUUUACAUUCUGCUGUCUGUUCCUUGUUACCGGCGAAGCGGACCGGGCGUGGGCCGUCAGCGCCCCUUCCAAUUUGACGGCGGAUAGCAGCAGGUAUCUUACAAUUGGGGACGGUUCGUCCCAGGAAUUCGAAUUCCCCGAAAACACCAAAGGGGUUAUAGUCAUCUCCAGCCAGUACGGGAGCCCGUCGGGUCGACAGAACUGGAAAGAGACGGUUAGAGUGCGCUCCUUGGAUCCGGAGGUCCUCUCUAUCCUGAAUGUGACUCAAAGCGGGGGCCACGCGAGGAGCUACAUUAUCAAUAUCCGCUCGGGAUUCCCGGGAAGGGCCCAGCUUCACAUCCAGCUGCUGGACCAGGAGCGGGACUCGACGCCCGUUCUGAUCGAGGAGAGGAGGGAUUACUGCAUCGUGGUGGCCCCCGGGAGCGACGACCCGGCCGCGCGACUCAUCAAGUCGGGCGGACUAUCCCAUUUCUCGGAGAACCCCGUACUUUUUGCUUUGCUUCCCCUCAUUUUUGUCAACAAGUGUGCCUUUGGGUGCAAGGUGGAGGUGGAGGUACUGAAAGCGCUACUGAAGAGCCCCGUGCCUCUGCUCCUCGGGGCGCUGGGUCAGUUCUUGGCGAUGCCUCUGUACGCUUACUGCAUGUCUCAGCUGGCAGCGCUUCCCAAAGCGCUCUCGCUGGGCCUGGUGAUCACGUGUUCCGCCCCGGGAGGCGGAGGGGGUUACCUUUACAGCCUGUUGCUCGGCGGAGACGUCACCCUGGCCAUCUCCAUGACGCUGGUGUCUACGGUGGCGGCGGCAGCCACCAUGCCCCUGUCGUCGGCUCUGUACGGCCGUCUGCUGGGGGUGCACGCCGCGCUGCACGUCCCCUUCGUGAAGAUUCUGGGCACCCUCCUCUUCAUCGCCAUCCCUAUUUCUCUGGGCAUGCUGGUCAAGCUACGUCUGCCCGCGCUCACUCGCGUCUUGCUGGGACUGAUCAGGCCCUUCAGCUUCGCGCUCAUCAUCGGGGGCAUCUUCAUGGCCUAUCAAAUGGGCGCCUCCAUACUGGCCGACGUCAGGCCCCAGAUCGUCGCCGUCGGGGCCACGGUGCCUUUGCUCGGCUUGUCGGUCGGGGCCCUUCUGGCUAAGUCGGCGGGCCUGGCGCCGCCGCAGAGGAAGACGGUGAGCAUCGAGGUGGGCGUCCAGAACAGCUUGCUGGCUCUCGCCGUCAUGCAGCUGUCCUUCCGUCGGACGGAAGCCGACUUUGCGUCGCAAGCUCCUUUCAUUGUGGCGCUCAGCAGCACCACGGAAAUGCUUCUCAUAGUUCUGGUAUAUUACAUUCAUCACUGGUUGUGUGGGCCCGCUGUCCCGGGAACUGAAACAUGA